AUGCCGGAUCUGACAGCCUUUUCCAAUCUUUUCCAGACCCUCGACGUGUUACGCUCCAAGACGGAGCCCGACACCGACACCCAGACGGUAAGCAAAGAGGAGAUUGUUCAACCGGUGGCCGAUUCCUUGGGUAAAGUUCUGGAGAAACGGACUAAAACGGCACCUGCUCGGCCCCGGUGGCAAAGAAACACAGCUUCGGGAGGUUUUGAGGAGGAUUCUCCUCCAGGUGCCAUGGAGGACUCCGCGGAGCAGAAUGCCGAAGAGCUUCAACUGGAGGCGGAGAUUCGCAUGAUUGAGCUUGACAUCGCUGCCUUGGACAAGAAGGAGGCUCAGCGCCGGGCGCGAGCAGCCUUGCGCGACGAGCUUGAGGCUCAAGAGCAGCUGCUGGAAGCUUGGCAGGCGAGCCUGGCGGAGCUGCGGAGGGAGCGUCACGAGGCAGAGGCCGAGUACCUCUUUGCCACGAAGGAGGACCGGCGCGAGGAGGCGCGGCUGAAGGCAGACUUUGAUGAGGCCAAGCGCCGCACGGAGGCUUUGCGGGCUCGCCUGGAGCGCUUGGAUAACCUCGAGGCCGACGGCGAGGACUCCGAGGAUCUUGCAGCGAGUCUCAAGGCUGAGGGCAUUGGCUGA